AUGAAGACUCGUAGAGAUCAUAUAGAACUUGAGAAUGUUGAGGAUGUAGAAUAUUAUGGUGUGAUUGAAAUUGGAACUCCAAGUCAAAAAUUCAAAGUCCUUCUAGACACUGGUUCAUGUACUUUUUGGUUAACUGGUUCAUCCAGUUCAUCUUCCGAUCAAAAUUCUUCACUGAGUCUUAACACCAUUGGACCCUCAUUUGAUCCUUCGAUAUCUUCAUCUUUUAAAAUCGGUCCUAAACUAUUUUCAGAAGCAUAUGGAGACAACUCUAUGGCUACUGGAGUUGAGGCAACUGAAUCAGUUUCAUUUGGAUCUUAUUAUGCUCAAAAUCAAAAAUUCGGACUUGUGAAUGUGACUACUUCAGGGAUUUUUAUGGGUGAUGCAUCAGGUAUAAUGGGAAUGUCAUUUGGAGAUCAAAAAAAUUCAACACCAUUUUGGAUCUCUGCAGGGAUCAAAACCUUUUCAUUCGGUUUAACUAGAUUUAAUCACUCUUCAUCUAAAAUCAAUCAACCUGGUGGAAUUCUAACAUUAGGAGGUUUAAAUACUUCAUUAUUUACUGGAGAAGUAAAUUACGUAAAAGUUACCAAGAAAGAUUAUUGGCAAGUCUCACUUGAUCACGUGACUGUCAAUGGUAUCAAGAUUGAAGACUCGAUCAAUAAUCAAGCUUUUUUGGAUACCGGAGAGAGCAUUCUUCUUGCACCGAGUGAUGUUGCAAAGGCAGUAUAUUCAUCUAUUCCUGGAGUGGAAUCAAUCAAUGAUGGUGGUGAAGAGUUACUUCAUCUAGAAACUUUUUACCUUCCAUGUUCUACAAAGGUAAAAUUUGAAAUGAACUUUGGAGGACAAACUUAUGAAAUUCAACGAGAUGACUUUGUGUUACAGUCUAGUAAAGGUGAUAUUGAUGACAACUUAUGUCUGGGAGCAGUAUCAGGAACAAGUUUAUUCGAUUCUUGGGUAGUAGGUGAUAUUUUCUUGAGAAAUGUUUAUACUGUUUUCGAUUCUAGUGCGCCUGCGAGAGUUGGGUUUGCAAGACCGGUUAAGAAUUAUCAAUCUCUACUUGAGUCUCUUGGUUUGAAAGUUUGUAAAGUUUAG